AUUACAACUGGCUGUGUUUAUACAGUCUCAUACAGAAAUCUUCAUGGGCGUAAAUCCACGUAAAUACCGCUGACUUGCCAAGUGUGGGCAUUGGGCCAUCAGUUCAGAGACAAUCCUCAACAGUCUAUUUUGGUCCGGCACCAGGUGGUUAAUGUGUGCGUAGCAGCUUUUAACCCCUGACCUUCACAAUUAAGGUUCUCUGUGUCUUUCAGCAGAAGAAGUUCAGCGUCUUCAGCAGGAUGCAGGAUUCAGAGGAGUUUCCUUCGCACUGCGGCCAGAAUAAGCAGCCCGGAGCUCUGAAGUCCCGCUCUGAGCCUGAGCUUCUGCCAGAGGAGGAGCAGAGCAGUGGGGAAGAGGAUCUCUGUAAGGAUACACUACAGCCCGCCGACGCCGAGUACUUGAGUGCCAGGUGUGUGGUCUUCACCUAUUUUCGUGGAGACAUCGGGGAUGUGGUGGACGAGCAUUUCUCACGCGCUUUGAGCCAGAACAGUGCCUUUAGCAAUGACACCAAGGCCAGCAGACUUAACCCUGGAGGACCAUGGAAAGAAGGAAACUCCCACUCGGAGGGUCAGACUAGCUCUUUACCUUCAUCUCUAUGGGGCAGUGGUUACCCGUCCCAGAGCAGCCCUUGUGUCCCAUCGUCUCACCACGACUUCCCCCCCAGCGCCGCUUUCCACCCUGCAGAAAAUGGCAUCUGGAGCAGCCACAGCCUCGCUCCUCCUCCUUCUGCUCUCACAGACUCCUGGCACUACAGCCUAGGACCACAGAGUGGAGCGGGAUAUCCUCACGUCCACGAGAUGUACCCUCACAUGCACCCGCGGCACCCACAUCCACACGCUCAUCACGUGCUCCAUCAUGCCCACAGCCCUGCUUUGGACCCCCGCUUCAACCCGCUUCUGUUACCAGGCGUAAGAGCGUCCUGCAGUCCGACAUCCUGCACCGAUACAAUAAAAACAGAGCUGGAGCCCAGCAGUAUCCCGACACCGAGCUGGCCUGCUUCUUUCCAUGGGUCAGUGGACAUCUACGAUACAGCUUUGGAGCAGGACAAAGCGAAGGCCAGCGUUUGGUUCUGAGAUUCACUGGACUUGACGCUUUGGAGUGGACCACUUCUACAGCCCAGGUCCACAUACAUCACUGCCUGUGGAUUCUUUCCUCCAAGGACUUUCUUGGGAACUAUUCAGGAGGACAUCAGUGUCUAUCAGCGAAACCAGCACAAAAACAGCUUCGGGGAAAACGAGUGUUUUCAUAAAGCAUACCAUCCUGUCUGGGUUUGUGCCCUUUAAUGUGCACUCGUAGACACAGAUCCAAUUCAGGACGCUUCUCCUCCUCUCAUCUGGGCUUUGAAAAAUAAGGUUUAAGAGGCGCAUCUUCUUUCUUCACACCCAAAGAGUUUUACUCGACAUGGUUGAUGCUUUAGUACUGCAUUGAUGUACUCACCACAGGUUCUGUUGAAAGAACCGAACGUAUUAGUACAGUACUGUGUGAAGGUCGGAGAAAAUCUUUAAUAUAUUUGUCUAAAAUAGUCUUUUGACUUUUCUUGAUUGUUGUUUUCUGUGUUAAUAGAUUAUUUGGGAACACUUUACUUGAAGGGGUGUUCAUAAGGUGUUUAUAAUCAUGACAUGAAGAUGAAGGAGAUUGUAUGCAUGCUUAUGACAGCUGUCAUUGAGUGAUUAAAUGCACUGAUGACAUUGUUUGAGAUGUUUUUGUUACGACAGUUUGACAUAACCAAGCCAGCGUAGCUUGUCGGAAAUCUGUCAUAAACAUAAUUGAGGCCAUUGGGUCAUGAAUAUAUAGAGCUCAACAUAUAUGAGUACACCCCUCACAAAUCUCUCAUUUAGAUUCAUAUUUCCUAUAGGAAGCUGUACAAUAUUACAUUUGUGCAUCAGUGACGUGUGGUGAGAUUUGUGGCCGGUGAGGCAUAUACUUUUUCAGGGUCAGAUUUACAAAUAUAUGCACCCAAUAUAUUUGCCAACAACCGAUUGUGUUUGAUAUAGCAUAUUAGCAUUCUUUUUGUGCACAUAGCAGGUACAUAUUGGGCUGAGGAAGAAUGUAAAAUGUAUAGCGAUUCAAUAUGGCUCCCAAAAACACCAAGGUGGAAGCUACAGACAGCCUAUAACAAGCGACCAAGCGACACAGCACCACAUGGGAUGUGUGUGCUAGCUCUUUGUCUCUCAAAACAUGAAAUAACAAACUCCAAUUGAACUUCACUUGACGUAGAAAAAGAGCAACCACUGAACAAGAAUAACCAUGAUCUCACGCGCACCCUCUACAGUGUGGCAAAGCUACUGCCUGUCUCAUCUUCUGUCUUUUCCGUGAUAGACAUACUGCACAUUAAAUACAUUACCUAUUAUAUGGAAAGUGAGGACAUGAUGUCUACAAUGUAUAAAAACAUUUUAAUAAAGCAUUACAUUGGUAGCAUACACUGAGUAAGCAAAAGGCACACACUCAAGCCAUUGUGCAGGGGUUUGCACAAUCUGAUGUGAGGCACAGCUCGGGCUGUCUUACCUCGCUUACUAUGCUGUAGUUGAGCCGGAAAUAUGCAAAAUACAAUAUUUUUGUUAUAAAAAUUAUUGAAAUCAUUUGAAUCUAAUAGAAAUUGCAUUCAUAGCACUGAUCAGUGGACAAAUAUUUAUUUUAUGGUUAAUAUACAUCUCAUGAUGGCAGGUGAAGAUGCCUGAGGAUGGCAGGUGAGGAGCUUACCUAAGAAAAUAACUUACAAAUACUGUCCAAAAUUAGUACACCCAAAUUUAUGUUAGGUAAAAAUAUUUAACAAAAAUUAAAAUAGCAAAAUUCAAGAGAAACAAAUAUUUUACAAAGUUUGGUUGAAAUUUAUAUGUUCCGUAAAUUUUAUUUUAAUAAAUAUAUCGGUUUAAUAAAUCUGUUCUGUUCAAAUGCACCAAAAUAUGUUAUCUAAGAUAUAUUUCACUGAGAAAUGGAUAAAAAUAUUCAUUUUCAAAAUGGGGUUCAUGUUCAUUCAUGUUGAGCACUGCAUGUCUGACCUCUUUUCAGUGAAACAAAAAUAAUUUCUAGGUAAAAUUUCUCAAUACUCUAUCAAAUAUUUUUAUAGUAACGUCGACCUGGGCGAAAACGCAAAAAACAUUAUCACGAUAUCAUGUUUCAUAUCAUUCGAUAUCGAUAAUUAUUGAAUAUUUUUUUAACAAUCCAUUUAGGAAUAUUAGGAUUUUAUUUUAUUUAACCACUUUAUUUUAAUUUACCAACAUUACUAAGACCAAUAGUUUUAAUAGUCAAAAACAAAUAUUAAAACAAAAUAUUUGAUUUCUUUAUAAUAAAAAAAACAUGAGUGUUAAAGAGACUCUUAAACUUGAUAAAUAAAAUAGUACAAAUUGUGUGCAAUGGUAACGCUGAACAAUCAAAGCUAAAUUUAAGGUGUGAAUAAUAGUGAUCCAGUAAACCUUAAACUCUGUAAUCAAAACAAAUUAUGAUAAUCAAAUCUGAGCUUUCAAGUAAAGGAACCGACCAUCAUUAUUUAAAUACAUAUUGAACAUUAAAAAUUGUGAAGUUGAAUGACUACAUUUUCCCUUAUGCUAAAAAUCUUUCUGAUAAGGUGCUGUCAGCUGGGAUGCACAAGAAAAGAAACCAAAAAGCCACUCUGGCAACAUCCUUACUGUUGAUCCAUUUUUUUUUACAAUCUCCUUACUGCUGCUUUACGGCACUCAUUUUAACAUGUGUUGUUAUUCUGACUUGAAGUGACAAACAGACAAAUUGUGCGCGUUACGUGUUAUUUUAUGUUGUCUUGGUGAUGUCAAAUUUUCUUAACAAAGACAAAUAUUUAAGAGAAGUGUUUGGUGCAAAAAGAGACAGAAGUGUUUCUACAGGUGGUUUGUCAAGCCCACUCUCCUUUGUGAGGCACACUCAGAAAUGUUUUUCUAGAGAUAUGUAGUGUUUGUAAGGUGUAGGGCUGCGCAAUAUUGGUAAAAACUGACAUUGCAAUAUUUUAUUUUUGUGCUAUACACAUUGUGAUAAUGUGUAUAACACAACUUGAAUGGAAUUAUUAUGUUGAUUUUAGAGUAAUUGAGGUCAUUUUGUAGAGCAUUUACAUAAACUAAUAAAGCAAGCACUGAUAAAAACAGUAGAGCAAAGAUAACAAAUAAAAUAAAAAGUGCUUUAUAGUUUUCUGGGAUUCUAGCAGUAUUCAGGCACACAGUCAAAUGUAAAAUCGUAUAUCAAAAUACAAUUAAAAGUAAGAAACAUUAUAAUUCUUAAUGCUCCAAUGCUUGAACUGGCUUAAAAUGCCAACAUGGGUCUUGAGAAACCAUGCAAAUGCUACAAUUUUUAGUAACAUUGUGGAGUCACUGCAAAAUGUAACCAUAAAUACCGUGUGGCUACUGGUCAACUAUAACCCUGACUCUACUUUGCAAAUCCUACGAUGUGACUAUUGCGAAUGCCCACAUUGCAAUAUCGAUGCUGAAAUAAUAUGUGCAGCCCUAAUCUGGUGCAUAUAGAAAUGGAAAAGUGUGUUUUCUACAGGUGGUUUGUCAAGCCCACCCAUCUGUGCAAGGCACACUCAGAACUACCUAAUGUUUUAAGGUAUUCCGAAUUGUCUUAUGAACGCCCCUUCAAGUAAAGCAUGACCAAUUAUUUUUGAUGUCAAAACGUCUUGCUUUUGAGGGAUACGUCUGCUACACGCGAACUGCUAAGUUUUAUUGGCAAACAGUCUGUUUUGUUUGGAUGGAUUUAUUAAAUCUUUACAGUGAUCAUGACUGUCUCUU